CUAGCUCCUCCAUCCACAGUCGCAGUCAGUCACACAGUCAAGCCGACGUGAGGACUCGUCGCUCGGGCUUCUACGGUAGAAAAAAAAAAGUCGCCUUUCAAUCAACCGACUGUGGAGGGAAGACGGAGAAAAAAAAAGAGAACAAUGUUUGACACGACAAGUUAGCUUUUUUUUUUUUUUUUUUUUUUUGUGGUACGAGAAAGACGGGAUUUAAGGGGGGCGGGGGAGCACGUGGAACGUUUUAAAAAGCAAACAAGCUGCUGCAGAGUGUACCUAAACGUUUGCCAGCUGACCCGCAAGCUUCCAAGAUGAGUGCCAAAGCCGCCAUCAACAAGGAGGUCUUCGUACCCCACGACGAGAAGAUGCUGGCAGCCGUGCAGGUGAAGCGGAAGACUAAGAAGAAGAUUCCUUUCCUGGCUACUGGUGGCCAGGGAGACUACCUGACAUUCAUCUGCCUCGCAGUGACGAAUAAGAAGCCCGCCCACGUCACCAUCACCAAAGUGAAGCAGUUCCAAGGAUCGUCCGGCUUUGUCAAACGCUCACAGUGGACUAUCGACCAACUACGGCAGGUCAACGGCAUUGACUCCAACAAAGACUCCCCGGAGUUUGACCUGACGUUCGAUAACGCCUUGGACCAGUGGGUUGCCGGUUCUGCGGGAGAGAAGUCCACCUUUGUCCAGAUUCUUCACCACACCUGCCAGCGCUACAUCCCCAUGCGAAAACCAGAAUUUGUCAACUGUCAGUCCAAACUGCUGGGAGAAGUCCAAGCAGUAGAUUCAGUCGUUGUCCGUUGCAAAGUGUUUAUGAACAGAGUGAGGAAAGAUCUGGUUGCUCACCAUAGUCAUCUCACAAGACGAGGCAACAGUAUACUCCACUCGGCCGCAGACAGCGUGACGAGCGCCGUGCAGAAGGCCAGCCAGGCUCUGAACGAGCGAGGCGAGCGACUGGGCCGGGCCGAGGAGAGGACCGCCGACAUGAUGAACAGCGCCGAACAGUUUUCCGUCACAGCGCACAAGCUUGCCAUGAAGCACAAGUGUUAAAACAACCACUACCAAAACCAACUUCGGGAGGGCGCCGGAGGGGGGUUAUCACCAAUCGCCACUCGCUCUCCAGGACUCUGGAUUUGUGUUGCUUUUGAAAAAGACGUUACAAUAUUUAAGUUAGGGUAUUGAAGAAGACAAAGAAGCGGUAAAGUGUUGACUUGAAGUCAGAUACCAUGCUUCUGUUAACAACCUCUCACACAGACAAGCCAUGACUCCAAGACGUGGACCAUUUUCUAUGACAGUUUUACUUAUUUAUGAGCGCUCUGGUGGGUGGUAACCACACGCACACACACACACACACACACACACACCAAGAGACAUUCCCUUUUUAAAGCCAGUCCCGUUUCCACAUUAAUAAUUAGACAACGCCCUUGGGGGAGAGCCUAAAUGAAUAAUCACAUCCGUGCUACAAACGGAGAACAUCUGCUCGCUCCAGCUUUGCGAUUGAUAAAUCCACAAGUGUCCGUCAGUAUGGGACGCGGCGCGCUUUGAAGUCGACUAUUGUUGUUGUUUAACCUUUCACAAUAUACAAAACAAGUAUUCAAAAAAAUAAAUAAAUAGCACAUACAGUGGAACUUCCAAGAUCGGUUUGAUUAAAAAAUUAUUUGAGCAUUUGUUUCAGUCAACACUGCCAACAUCAUUGAGCCUGCUUGCUUUAAAUAACAAUAUUCCGAUUUUUAACACUCGUAAAAUAAUUUACCCGUUCUAGUGUGAAUAUGUUGCUGAUGCAGAUCGUCUUUUAACCUGAACUGCCGAACAAAUAUAAAAGCCAACCACUAAUGUAAAAUGUGAAACUUGUGAAUUGACAAAACAUUUGGCAUCAAGCUAGCAGCUAGCGCGAGAAGUUUACAGUCUACAAUUUAUCUCAGUGCUGCAAACAGACGGACUCAUGCACAAUAUCAGUCCAUAAAGAUCCACAUUUUCUUUUGUUAACAUAAAAUUGUCAAGCCAAUGGAAGUUAUUUUCACUGUAAUCCACCCGCUAAUUAAAUGUAAAACGUUACAACACACACAUAAAACGCUCUACAUUUUGAUCAUAAGCAAAUGACUGCUGGCUCGUGAAAGGUUAGCACACGAAGCUAACGUAGCUAACGAAAAUAUUUAUUCCCGUUUUUGUUUUUCGUGUGAGACCGUCCUGCACUUGAAGAACAAUGUAUUAUUUUGCGUAUCUGAGACUUUUUGUGUUGGCGGGAGGCCGCCUGCGUCGCUUGGAUCCGCUUAGCUUCCGUGUGUCAAAAAGCCAAACGUUGUCAGCCUUCUCUGGUCCGUGUUGUACAACUGGUGACUCCUUUCUCCGCCGGUUUCACUUCGAAUGUCUCUAUUCCAGCUCUAACAUGGCUGCUGCUUCUGUAACGGUGGUCGCUCAUCAAAAGCUAUUUUACUUACUUCUGAUGUAUCUGAUUUCAAAUGUAUUUUCUAAUUGACAUUUUAAUGCACUCUUUCAGCAAAAAUUGUUCGUGCUUUCACUUCCUCUGUCUAACGCAACACUUUGGAUGUUUGUUUUGAAUAAUAAAAAGAAAUAAGCCUA